UAAGGCGAGGAGAAACCUCUCCCACCCGGUGCAACCUCAGCGCCCGGCGCUGGCUCGCCAGCUGUUUGUAGGCCUGGGUGAGGGGCGGGGGUCCGCGGAGAGUAGAACCGCCCGCGGCCCAGCCUGUCCCUCGGGCUAGGACCGGCCGCGGGGCGGGCGACUCCGGGGCGGCUGCCGGUGCUUCCGACUGACAAGCACUGUUGCCAUAGCCCGCGCUGCCCGCCGCGUCCCUGGUCUCGGCCGACGGCGCUGCGCGGCGGGUGACCUCUCCGAGCCCCGCGCGAUGACGGCGCCCUGCUCCCGGCUGGCCCGGCUUCCUCCGCGCCGCCGGCUCCGGCUCGUGCCGUUCCCGCCGCCGCUGCUGUUGCUGCUGCUGGCGGCCGCGGGGCCGGCGCGCGGCUGGGAGAGCGGAGACCUGGAGUUGUUUGACUUGGUGGAGGAGGUGCAGCUCAACUUCUACCAGUUCCUCGGGGUGCAGCAGGAUGCUUCAUCUGCAGACAUUAGAAAAGCAUAUCGUAAGCUUUCACUAACUUUGCAUCCAGACAAGAAUAAAGAUGAAAAUGCAGAAACUCAGUUUAGACAAUUGGUGGCCAUUUAUGAAGUUUUAAAGGAUGAUGAACGAAGGCAGAGGUAUGAUGAUAUUCUGAUCAAUGGACUUCCAGAUUGGCGACAGCCUGUAUUCUACUACAGGCGGGUGAGAAAAAUGAGCAAUGCUGAGCUGGCAUUACUUUUGUUCAUAAUUCUCACAGUGGGUCAUUAUGCUGUGGUUUGGUCAAUCUACCUGGAAAAACAACUGGAUGAACUGCUUAGUAGAAAAAAGAGAGAAAAGAAAAAAAAGACAGGCGGCAAGACUGUGGAUGUAUCAAAACUUGGUGCUUCAGAAAAAAAUGAAAGAUUACUGGUGAAACCACAAUGGCAUGAUUUGCUCCCCUGCAAGCUGGGAAUUUGGUUUUGCCUUACACUAAAAGCAUUGCCUCAUCUAAUCCAGGAUGCUGGGCAGUUUUAUGCUAAAUAUAAAGAAACAAGAUUGAAGGAAAAGGAAGAUGCAUUGACUAGAGCCGAACUUGAAACACUUCAAAAGCAGAAGAAAGUUAAAGUAAAAAAACCAAAACCUGAAUUUCCUGUAUAUACACCUUUAGAAAGUACAUAUAUUCAAUCUUAUGAUCAUGGAACUUCUAUAGAAGAAAUUGAGGAACAAAUGGAUGAUUGGCUGGAAAAUAGAAACAGAGCACAGAAAAAACAGACCCUCACUUUGAAGGCAAAUAAGGGGUAUACCUCAGCAAGAAGAAAAUUGAAUACAGAAGGAAGGAGAGGGCAGCAAGAAAAAGUUCUAACUCAGAAAAAAGCACCUGAAUGGACAGAAGAGGACCUCAGCCAGCUGACAAGAAGUAUGGUUAAGUUCCCAGGAGGAACCCCAGGUCGAUGGGAAAAGAUUGCCCACGAAUUGGGUCGAUCGGUGACAGAUGUGACAACCAAAGCCAAGCAACUGAAGGAUUCAGUUACCUGCUCCCCAGGAAUGGUCAGACUCUCCGAACUCAGAUCCACAGCCCAGAACUCCCGGCCCCCCAAGGCCGCCACCACCUUGCCGGACGACAUCAUCACUCAGCGGGAGGAGGCCAAGCAGGCUGGGGAGCUGGAGGAGGAGGACGGCGAGGAGGAGGCCGAUCCGGAGGCCGCGGAGGAUAGCUGGCCUCGGAGGCGGAGGCCAGCCCGGCCGCCCGAGCUGGAGGAGAAGGUCCGGGGAAAGAGGCAGAAGGACUUCGACAUGUCGGAACAGCACGAGUCCAGCGACGAUGAGAGCCAGAAGAGAGAGCGAGCGCGAGCCACGGAGGAGCCCUGGACUCAGAGCCAACAGAAGCUUCUGGAGUUAGCAUUACAGCAGUACCCAAAGGGAUCCUCUGACCGCUGGGACAAAAUCGCCAAGUGUGUCCCGUCCAAGAGUAAGGAAGACUGUAUCGCUAGGUACAAGCUGCUGGUUGAACUGGUCCAAAAGAAAAAGCAAGCUAAAAGCUGAAUCCUCUGGAAGAUGAUGUUUACCUUAUUUUCCAAAAGGAUUAUUUUAAAAAUCUUAUGCAGAAAUUUGCAUUUUGUACCUCACUAUUUCUAUACGUCAUGUGCCUUAGUAAAAAAAAUUAAAAAUGUAAAAUAAAUGUUGUGCUACAUUGUUUAAACAAAUACUGUGUUAAAGGAGAAAAAAUCAGAUUUGGGUAUUUUAUAGAUUAUUUUCUCUCUCAUCACUGCAAAGUUUAAUUUCCUGGGGAACAAACUGAAUAGUGCUUUCUAACAGUGAGGCAAAUGGAUGAUUUUGAAGGAACAUACGAGUGAACUAAUGUGUAAGAAUGAAGACUUAAUGUGUUUCUUUGACCAAAGAUCACACCAGCUAAUGAGUAGCAGGAUGCCAGUAUUUGGGAGAACAAACCAGCUUUGUAUUGAGCUAGCUGGCUGGGAGUAGUGUGGGGUUAUCUUAACUGUAUGUAUAUGCAUAUGUUACAUGUAUGUAGAAAAAAAUAAGUCUAAACGCACAAGGACAUAAUAAACUCUUAAGUUUG